GAAAUUGUAACCUAAUUUUGCGUUCUUCUUCACGCUUCUGUUUCUUUCUUCCUCACAGUUUCUUCACUUCCGCCUCUUCUAGCAGCUACCAUGGGUAAAGCUAAAAAAGCUCCCAAAUUUGCUGUUAUGAAGAAGCUUGUCACUGCCAAAGCAAUCAAACACUAUAAAGAAGAGGUUUUGAACCCAGAAAAGAAGAACACUCUUAAAGAAAAGUUACCCAGAAACGUCACUAAGCAUUCCUCGGCGCUUUUCUUUCAAUACAAUACCGCUUUGGGACCUCCUUACCGUGUUUUGGUGGAUACUAACUUCAUCAAUUUCUCCAUCCAGAAUAAAUUGGAUUUGGAGAAAGGAAUGAUGGACUGCUUAUAUGCGAAGUGUAAGCCGUGUAUCACAGACUGUGUAAUGGCAGAACUUGAGAAGUUGGGCCAAAAAUAUCGUGUAGCUCUGAGGAUUGCAAAGGAUCCUCGAUUUGAGAGAUUACUCUGUACUCACAAGGGUACCUAUGCUGAUGACUGCCUUGUUGAGAGAGUUACUCAGCAUAAAUGCUUCAUUGUCGCAACAUGUGAUCGAGACUUGAAGAGGAGGAUUCGGAAGAUUCCCGGUGUGCCAAUAAUGUACAUCACUAAACACAGAUACUCAAUUGAGCGGUUGCCCGAAGCAACAAUGGGUGGAGCACCUAGAAUUUGAUGCAGUAAAACAGGAAAAGCUAGGCCUACCAAAAAUUUUGACACUCCAAGCAACCAUACUAUAUCCAUGUUUGAUGGUUUUGCUAGCUGGAUUGGAAUCUACUAGAAGCUUGAUACUGAUGAAGAAGAAAUUCUCCAAUUGUUGAUCCUUUAAAUUUCUUUAGUGUAACUUAGUAGAUUUUGUACUGUCAAAACUAUUUUUCUUUUUUACUCUGGUGUUGCCUCGCAAAUGGAUCAAUGUGAACUUACAAAGUGCCUAAUUUGUGGCUGAUGACAUUCUUAUAGCUAUAGAUGUAAGCCUAUUGACAAAUAUUUAUUUUAUGAUUGGAAAAGAAAAAGAUGUGUUAGCAGAGUUCA